AUGUGUGCAUUUAAUCCUGUAUAUGGACAAGGAAUGACACAUGCAUUGCGACAUGCAAGAGAAUUGAAUAAAAUAUUUGAGGAACAUCGUCAUAAGUUAGAAGAUAUUUCUUAUAUUUUCAAUCGACGUGCUUCAGUGAUUAGUAAAGAAUGUUGGCUUGCUUCUAUCACAAAUGAUUGGAAAACGCCAACAUUAAAAGUAAUAGAAACUGAUAAAAAUGGUAAAAUUGAAACUUAUCAACGAGGCGUUGAUUCUGAUACAAUGAAAUGUUCUGAACCACGAAAGCGAUGGAUAAAAGAUCCUAAAUAUGCGUGUUUUCUUCAAGAAUGUAAAGCAGGUCCUUACCUUGCACAUUGUUCAAUUUGUAAAUCAGAUUUUUUAAUUGCUAAUGGUGGAACAUAUUUAAUCAAUCGAUAUCUCCACCAAACUGAUCAUAAACGUUUAGUUGAAAUUCAAGCUAAAGAACAAUGUAAAGCAUAUGAUCGAUACACAAAAACAUAA